ACAUUUCAGCAUCUUGUAAACAGGUCUGCCAGCCAAUCUGAUAUUUGUGAUUGGGUGCGGUGUUGUUGUGUUCGUUAUCGUAUAUUAUCGUAAUUUAAAGGGAAAAAGUGAUUUUGUGGCGCAAGGUGUGGUGUGGUAAUUCGCCAUGAGUUACUUACAGUCCAACCCGAAUAGACCCAUCUCGCAGAGCCACUAUCAGGGGGGCCCCGGUGAUUUACCCAUGCCGCCCGCGAAAGAACAGACCCUCAUGUGGCAACAAAACUCGUACAUGGGCGACUCCGGCAUCCACUCCGGAGCCGCCACCCAGGUACCAUCCCUGAGCGGGAAGGAAGAAGACAUGGACCUCUUUGACUUGGAUCAAGGAUACUCCCAAGGCUUCACCCAGGAUCAGGUCGACGAAAUGAACAACCAGCUCAACCAGACGCGCUCGCAGAGGGUCAGAGCUGCCAUGUUUCCGGAGACUUUGGACGAAGGGAUCGAAAUCCCCUCGACUCAGUUCGAUCCCAGCCACCAGACGGCCGUUCAAAGGCUCUCCGAGCCGAGUCAAAUGCUCAAACAUGCAGUCGUCAAUCUAAUCAAUUAUCAAGACGACGCGGAUUUGGCGACUCGUGCCAUCCCCGAGCUGAUCAAACUAUUGAACGACGAAGACCAAGUGGUUGUUUCGCAAGCCGCGAUGAUGGUCCACCAGCUCUCCAAGAAAGAGGCUUCGAGGCACGCGAUCAUGAACAGUCCGCAAAUGGUGGCAGCGCUAGUGAGGGCCAUUUCCAACUCGAAUGACCUGGAAACGACCAAAGGUGCAGUCGGCACCUUGCACAAAUUAUCGCACCAUCGGCAAGGUCUCCUGGCCAUCUUCAAAAGCGGGGGAAUUCCAGCAUUGGUCAAACUGCUGAGCUCCCCGGUUGAAAGUGUGCUCUUUUACGCCAUCACCACCUUGCACAAUUUAUUGCUUCACCAAGACGGCUCCAAAAUGGCCGUCCGCUUAGCCGGAGGCUUGCAAAAAAUGGUCGCGUUGUUGCAACGAAACAACGUCAAGUUCUUGGCAAUUGUGACCGACUGUUUGCAAAUCCUGGCGUACGGCAACCAGGAGAGCAAACUGAUUAUUCUGGCAUCGCAAGGUCCCAUCGAACUCGUGAGAAUCAUGCGGUCGUACGACUACGAGAAGUUGCUCUGGACGACGUCCCGAGUCUUGAAAGUCCUAUCCGUGUGUCCGAGCAACAAGCCGGCCAUCGUCGAAGCCGGCGGCAUGCAAGCCCUGGCCAUGCACCUGGGGAACCCCAGCGGCCGCCUCGUGCAGAACUGCCUCUGGACCUUGCGUAACCUCUCCGAUGCCGCGACCAAAGUCGACGGUCUCGAAGGCUUGCUCAGUUCCCUGGUGCAGGUUUUGAACUCGCAAGACGUCCACGUCGUUACUUGCGCUUCUGGUAUUUUGUCUAACCUGACGUGUAACAACCAACGCAACAAAGUCACCGUUUGCCAAGUCGGUGGUGUUGAUGCCCUUGUGCGCACAAUUGUGAGCGCUGGGGAUCGUGAGGAGAUCACAGAACCGGCCGUUUGCGCUUUGCGACAUCUCACGUCGAGACAUGUGGAGUCGGAAAUGGCGCAAAAUGCAGUCAGGUUGAAUUACGGUAUUCAAGUUAUCGUGAAGUUGUUGAAUCCGCCAUCGCGUUGGCCGCUAGUCAAGGCCGUUAUCGGGCUUAUCAGGAAUUUAGCGCUGUGUCCGGCCAAUCAUGCACCACUAAGGGAGCAUGGGGCGAUACAUCAUUUGGUGCAGCUGCUGAUGAGGGCCUUCCAGGACACACAGAGGAGGUCGAGUGUGGCGAGCGGCGGCAGCCAGCAAGCCUCGAGUUACGCCGAUGGCGUACGAAUGGAGGAGAUCGUCGAAGGGACAGUGGGGGCGUUGCACAUAUUGGCUCGGGAAUCCCACAACAGGGCCAUUAUACGCCAACAAAUGGUUAUACCAAUAUUUGUUCAGUUGCUUUUUAACGAUAUUGAAAAUAUCCAACGUGUGGCAGCUGGGGUGUUGUGCGAAUUGGCGGCUGAUAAAGAAGGGGCGGAAAUGAUCGAGCAAGAGGGCGCCACAUCGCCACUAACCGAAUUGCUUCAUUCCCGAAACGAAGGGGUGGCUACGUACGCUGCCGCAGUAUUAUUUAGGAUGAGCGAGGACAAGCCACAAGACUACAAAAAACGGCUCAGUAUGGAACUGACAAAUUCGCUGUUCCGGGAGGAGAAUUUGUGGAAUCCGGAUCUGGGCAUCGAUCCUGAUUUACAGGACAUUUUGAGUCCUGACCAAGCAUAUGAUACAAUGUAUGCCCAAGGACCCCCUAGUGUGCACAGCAAUCACGGUGGACGGCCGUACCAACAGCAAGGGUAUGACCAGAUACCAAUAGAUAUGCAAGGGCUAGAGAUUGGGUCGCACGCUGGCGGGAACGGGUCGACGUACAGCCAGAUUGAAGCCAUGGAUGUAGCCAAUGGCGACCCCGACAUCAACUUUGACCCAAUUAAUCAAUUACCUGCACCUCCCCAAGACAACAAUCAAGUUGCAGCAUGGUACGAUACCGAUUUAUAAUACCUUCCUCGAUGUCUUUUGUUUGAUGAAAUUAGACAUUUUCAUUUUAUUUUUCUUGAUAAUCCCAAAUGCGACACUAGGAAGUUUCGUUGUUAAAAUACUAUAGUGUACCUAUUUAUAAUUUAUUAGCAAGUAUGUAUAAAAUAUCAUAUACGUGUAUAAGUUUCGGUUGUAUAAUAUUGAGUCUGAUUUGUUUAAAAUAAAAAAAUACAUUUUAUGCUGUCUGAUUAUUAUCAAAGAGCUAAAACACAAUGCUGAUUUUUGACUGAUGUGUUAUGGUUGUCGUUUACAAAAAUAUCUAAAUGUGAUUGUACAAAAUAAAUCGUCAUGUACCGUUUUCUUUUUUAUUAAUAAAAGUGUUGGUAUAUUAUUUGUUUUUUAUUUUGUUGUGAGUGCUGCUGCUACUAUUGCCGUUUUAUGUAACGUCAAAGGUGUAGUGUUAACAUUGUGUUUUAAUUCUUAUCAUAUUUAAACAAUUUCAUGAACAGGGUAGAACUUUUUAAGGCACUGCCUUUGAAAUGUAUGCAUGUCUUUGUAGGAAGGAAUAAACUUUCUCAUUGUA